AUGAUAACAAGAGAGAAAGGGGAAUCGGUGAAUCACAGACAAUGCCUAGAAGUCGGCUUCCAGAUCGAAUUGACGCUCGGUCUCAGUCGACAUCACUCCUGGACGCUGAUACUCGGAGACACGCUUCUCGAAGAAGUUGGUCUUUCCAUCUAUCGAGAUGUUCUCCAUGAAGUCGAAUGGAUUCUUCACAUUGUACAGCUUGUCGCAUCCGAGUUCCGCAAGCAAGUGAUCGGCGACGAACUCGAUGUAUUGAGACAUCAGACGACAGUUCAUGCCAAUCAUGUCAACUGGAAGUGCCUCUGUCAAGAACUCUUGCUCGAUGCAGACGGCGUCCUUGAUAAUCUCGAAGAUACGCUCCUGUGUUAG